AACGGUGGAAAAUUGAAGCUGCCAGAGCAACUAUUAUGAUUCAAUGGUGUCCAUUUAUUUUAGAUGCGAUAUAUAAAUCACCUACAUUAGAGGCGCAAUUGACUAUCAAACAAGAACAUUUAGGGGAAAUGUUUCAACGUGCAGUUGCCAAAGACGCUUUCCAAUUUUUACUUCAUUAUCUAUUGUCUUUUCAAAAUACUGAGAUGGAAUCUAUGUGUGUCGAAAUAAUGCCGAGUGCAACAACAUUAUGUGAAUCACUUAGUCCAGAAGACGUUGAAUUUCCACCUCCAGGUAUGGUGCCAGAAACUUUCAUUAUCAUAUCGGAAGACUUUGAAUUAUAUAUUCGGAAACAACUUGAGCUGUUUGUUAUAUCAAUUGUGACCAAGAUGGGAAAUAAUCUACAAAGGAUCAGAAGACAGGAGGAAGAUGCUAUUCAAUCAGCAGAUGCGGAACCGUUAACUCGUUCGGCUAUAAAAAAAUCUGUUGUAGUACGCCAUGACACUGAGACUUUUUUCUUCCUAAUUGCAAAUAUAUAUCGUAAUCAUCCUGAUGAAG